AUGAUAGUUAUCAAUUAUUUUUUAAAUAAUUUUGUAUUUCCUCGAGAAGCAAAACAAUUUCCUCAUAAAUUAGUAGCAUCUGCUUGGGAUUUAGCGUCAUCUUUACGAUCAAAGAUAGUAACUGGAUUUAGUGGUACUAAUGACACACAAUUAUUACUUCCAGUUCACAUUCAAGAAUGCGAUUUGCCUGAACUUCAAAAAACUGAUGCCAUGUUAUUAACAAUUUACUACAAUCGGAAAAUGAAGCUCACCAAUAUUUACCAUUUAAAUAUCGGUGCACUAUUCAUAGAUGGAAGUAACCGAGAUAUAGCUGUUAAAUGGUUAAAUCUAUCCAAUAAAAACAAGAUUGAUUAUGCUGUUUAUUUUGAUUUAGAUUCUAUUGUUUUUUGUGAUCGCCAACUUCAUCAUUAUCGAUUUGAAACAUCACCUACAGGUGAACGACUGGAUCGUUGUGUAUUUUAUUUAGAUGAAAUUUAUACGAGAGGAACUGAUUUUAAAUUUCCGAAUGGCUUCCAAGCUGCAGUUACUUUAGGAAAUGGUUUAACAAAAAAGUUCGUUUUGUUCAAGCUUGUAUGA